UACCUGCUCUGGCCGGUCGCUCAGUUCGUGUUUGAGCGAGGCACGCGCCACACUGUUUGCUCGCCUCGUCGCGUCUACCAAGUGAAUAUCAGCUAUUCGAUGCAUUACGCGAGUGUAAAUAAAGUGUAAAUAAAAACAAUGACGUCGCCCUCGUCAACAUUGGACGGGCUUCCGAAGCAGUUUGUCACUGCGAUGCGCACCCUCUUUGAUAUCAUGGAUGACAAGCACACGGGGUACGUCAACUUCGUGGACAUCGAAAAUCGUUGGCAGGACGACGGCUCCAAAGGCCUGCCAAAAGGCGUCCUGGAAUCGCUGCGAAAAGUCACACCGCCCAAUGGUUUACUCUCCUUUGAACGCUUCUGUGCUGGACUAAAAAUCUCCUUGCUGCGUAACCAGGUAGAACGUACGGUGCCACCGCCUGUGACUGGUAUAUCACAAAACCGGCCACCAAGCGCACCUUUACUGGACCUGGACUCACCGCCAAAACCCACUUGGACCGCCAAUACUGUUGCCAUCCGUCCCAAUAAUGUUAUAUCGCAGCAACGCACCCUUUCGAUGCCACAAUUGCUUGUGGAGCGAAAGGAAAACAUCCCCGAUCAGGUCGAGCUGAUGCAAGCGUUCGACAACAAACCAGUUUCGAACGGCAAGCCCACGCUCUACGGGCCGCCGAAGCCGCCGAGAACCGGCUUGGCGGGCAUGCCGACGACCAACAUCGAUCGCGCCGAAAUACGCACCGCGCUGCAGAAUUGGCAGCUUGGCCUAAUGAUGAACGAGGAUGGCAAGGAUAAGCGAGGCCCGCAACAAUUCACGACAAACGCCCACGCCAACGGUGGCAUCUUCAGGACCUCGCGGUCUCUGGGCGACGGUAAGCCAGCGGCGCAAACGGACGCGCAAAUCACCGGGAUUUAUCAGAAGAAGGCGAACGUGCGGAGGCGCGAGCCACGCCGCCACACGUUGCAGAACGGAAUCGAUUACAACAUGCUCAAGCGCAUGAAGCAGAUCGAGCAGGAGAAAGACGUGCUGAUGCAGGGAUUAGGCGCGAUUGAGAAAGCCCGUGAUUGGUACCUCAAGAUGGUAGCUGCCGUGCAAGAGAAGAUGAAGUAUUUGGGCCGGAUGGGUCACGUCGAGCCAUGGUCUGAAGCACAGCAAGAAAAACUCGAACUCCAGCGUGCCAGAGUGCUAGAAGUUAAUAGGCACUUAGCCGCACUAACGGAUAGUUGGGAGAGAGGCGGCCUGCCACUGCACAUGAAUCUCGCCGUCCAUCAUUACCCACAGCCACACGACUUGUCCUCACGAUUAAAACAACAAAAUCAUCUACUCACUGAGGAGGUGGGAAAGAAGAGUGAACGAAUAACAAUCUUGGAGCGUGAAAAAGCAAGCCUUAUAAGAGAGCUUCUACAGACACGAAAUCAGAAUCGGAAUAGUCAAGAGGAAGCAGUGUUUUAAUAAAUUAUACAGAAAAACACUCCACGCAAAGUUACGGAUAAUAUUUACUGUAUUUAUUGCACAAAUGUUUGUGGUGCAUACAAUCGAGUUCAGAUUUGAUACAAAUUGUGAUUUUAUUAUUUAAGAUGCAUAAUUUUAUAUAAGAUUUACCAUUGAUGGUGGUAUAAAAGUUUACGUCGUGCUUUCCUGACUUUAAUUUGCCAUUAAGCUAUACAAUGUUUAGUAAAACAAUUAAUCAACAGCAAUAGAAUUACAAUGUAAAUACUUCAUGUGAAAUAAACAACUGUUAAGUACAUAAUAUA